AUGAGUACAAUAGUUAAUGUGGCAGCCGAUGUGAUAUCAGGCACAGCCAUAGCAGCAGCGGGUAGUCAGGUAGCGUGGUUCAUACCGAUGCUAGUAGCUGCUAUAGCAUACUAUCAAUAUGACCAAACCGAUCCUGAAGGAAGGCCGGCUGAUAUCGGAGAUGCUAUGUUACCGGAAUAUGACUUCAUAGUCGUCGGCGCAGGUUCGGCUGGAGCAGUAGUAGCGAACCGUCUUUCCGAAAUACAUAACUGGAAUGUGUUACUGCUUGAAGCUGGUGGAGAUGAGACAGAAAUUUCAGACGUACCUUUACUAGCUGGUUACCUUCAGCUCAGUAAACUCGAUUGGAAGUAUAAAACGGAACCUCAGGGAACUAGCUGCUUAGCAAUGGAAGGCGGUCGAUGCAAUUGGCCACGAGGAAAGGUUCUUGGCGGGAGUUCUGUAUUGAACUACAUGUUAUAUUUGAGAGGGAAUAAAAGAGACUACGACAUUUGGGAAUCAUUAGGGAAUAAGGGCUGGGGAUACAAAGACGUGCUCUACUAUUUUAAGAAGUCAGAAGACAACCAGAACCCCUCUCUGGUCCAAACCCCGUAUCAUGGCACUGGAGGCUACUUAACCGUCGCUGAAGCACCAUAUCACACUCCACUUGUUUCAAGUUUCAUUGAAGCUGGCCUGGAAAUGGGUUAUUUAAACAGAGAUAUAAAUGGUGAAAAUCAGACCGGCUUUAUGGUCGCCCAGGGUACCCUUCGCCGAGGGAGCCGUUGCUCAACAUCUAAAGCAUUUCUACGUCCAGCCAAAAACCGAAAAAAUCUACACAUUGCGAAGCAUUCUUUUGCUACCAAAGUACUAAUUGAUCCAAGAACGAGAGUAGCGUUCGGUGUCGAGUUUAUUCGAAACAAAAUGAUUUAUCGAGUAAGAGCCAAGAAGGAAGUAAUAUUAUCGGCAGGGACUAUCAAUUCGGCGCAAUUGUUACUAUUGUCAGGCAUUGGACCAGCUGAAGAAUUAGCAAAACACCGUAUACCGUUAAUACAAAACCUCAAAGUGGGAAGAAAUCUUCAAGAUCAUAUCGGUCUUGGAGGUUUAGCGUUUAUGAUAAACAAACCCGUCUCUAUUAUAGAACAGCGAUUACAUACAGUUAGCACACUAAUGCAGUAUGCUGUCUUGGGUGAAGGACCUUUGACAAUAAUGGGAGGGGUAGAAGGGCUGGCCUUUGUCAACACAAAGUAUGUAAACGCCUCCGACGAAUUUCCAGACAUAGAGUUUCACUUCGUCUCCGGGUCAACGAAUUCAGACGGUGGCGGUCAGUUGCGGCAAAUCCAUGGUUUGUCUGAAAAGUUCUACAACGCGGUAUUUCGGCCUAUCAACAACAUGGAUGUCUGGAGCAUUAUACCUAUGCUGCUCCGCCCUAGAAGUAAAGGUUUCAUUCGACUAAGAAGCGCAAACCCAUAUGACUAUCCUUACAUUUAUCCAAACUAUUUGACAGAUGACAUGGAUGUUAAAACAUUAAUUGAGGGCGUGAAAAUCGCUAUUUCUGUUUCAAGAACAAAAGCUUUUCAAAGAUAUGGAUCAGUUUUAAACAGCCAUCUCUUCCCGGCAUGUGCUGCCGCGCCAAGGUAUUCCGACGCGUUUUGGGAAUGUAUGAUACGACAAUACACUUGUACCAUAUACCACCCUGUAGGAACAGCUAAAAUGGGGCCAUAUUGGGACCCAGAAGCAGUUGUUGACCCCGAACUCAAGGUUUAUGGGGUAAAACACUUGAGGGUAAUAGAUGGCAGCAUUAUGCCAAAUUUAGUAAGCGGAAAUACUAACGCUCCUAUUAUCAUGAUAGGAGAAAAAGGUAGCGAUAUGGUCAAAGAGUUUUGGCUGAAACGCAGACGAUCGAGGUAUUAUUUGAGAUAA